GUGUCAAACGUCUCUGCCAGGACAUCGAAUUUAUGCUGGGCGUUAAGACCAGUCUAUAUUGGCGUAUUUGUUGGUCCAUCAUUACACCAGGUUUAAUGUUUUUAGUGUUAAUAUAUACCCUAAUCACAUUAGAACCUUUGCAAUAUAAAAAUGUGGCAUAUCCCCAAAUGGCAUAUAAUUUGGCAUGGAUAAUGUGGGCCAUAGGAGUAGGUCAGCUGCCACUAUGGGCUCUUUAUACAAUUUAUCAACAAAAAGGAGAAACAUUUAAGGAGAAAUUCUCCAACUCUCUUAAACCCCGCUGCCAUUGGGGGCCCUUGGAACCUAAACUAUUAGAGGAAUAUUUAGCCUACAGAAAAGCACUGUUGCAUGACUAUGAAGAUGAAGAGGAGACAAGUUUAUGCUCGCGAUUUAUAAAAAAUAUUUUCCAUUAAUUAUUUUAGUUAAAAUUUUAGUUUAAUUAUUAGAAAAGUAAUUAGUAAUUAUGAUGUUAUAUGACAAAACUAAAAUGUAUCAAACAGAAGUAUUAUGUUAUAUGUUUUCUAAGAAAAUUUGUGUAUUAACAAUAAAAUUUUUACAAUAAAAUA